AUGCUGGAAUUCGUUCUGCCGGUAUCCCGUGGGGAUCUUCUCACAGCCACCACAACAUCCUAUGCUGUUAACGAGACAUGUUCAGUGCGUGGCAUAAUAUCUAAGGUCCAAGAUUGCCAACGAAAACUUGUUCGGGAAGGCCUGCUCGGGGUGUUGCAGUACUUCGACGUCCUCUACAGCGUUUUACAUGAGUGGAAGUCGGUAGAUGUGAAUGUAAAGGAAGAUGCCUGGAACGUUGUACUUAAAGGUUGUGAAACUACAAUGCGUGAAUUGGUCAACAUUCUUAGCCGUUUAUCCGGUCCCAACACUACACUCAACCGUUCUCUUGUUUCGGAAUAUCGAAACUCCACUAAGAUGCAUACCUAUCUUCUGUGUCAACUCGUGGAAAUGAUAGAAAAUGACAUCACGGCGGAGAGCAAUAUCGCCGCUGCCACAAAGGUUGGUCGCGGUCGUGGAAAAUCGUCGGCAGCAAGAAACCGUGCCGCUGAUGCCACCUUCUCUUUCGACUGGUCCACAGAAUGUACAAACGCUGUGACCACGCUCGACCAGCUCUGCAAACUGGAAAUCAAAAACCUCUGGGACCCCCCAGUAGUCGAGGAGGAUUUCGUAAAUUUACUAGCGAACUGUUGCUACAAGCUGCUUGAGAAUAAGUCACUCGCUGCCAACGUUAGUGUACGAACGGCCAUCACCAACUUACUCACAACUCUGAUCCACCGUUACAAGCACGGAAUCGCCUGCUGCGUGAAACUGGCCCAACUGCUGCAGUGCUUUGCUCACAUGGCCAAUUGCCUGUCCCUUAUAGUGAAUCGUCUUAUGGAGGAGGAGUCAAUGGUGCCCUUUGUAAAGGAGCUGCUUAGCGAAAUAUGCAGUUACAACAACGAGGACCUUGAGCGCGACUCUUCAGCCACACAUAACUUUUGCCUUUUCCUGGAAACCGUAUCCUCAACACAUCCCGUCCUGGCUAUCUCAAUUCUUCCUCUGAUCCGCUCUCGUCUCAACGAGGAUCCCUAUCAGAUGCGUAAUUGUGCGCUCAGUGUGAUUGGUGAAGUGUUGCGCAACCUCUGCAGCCGCCCUCAGCUUGAGGCAAAGGACAAAAUUCAACGCGACCGACUGAUGGAUGUCCUCCAGGAACACAUUCACGACGCCAAUGGUUUCGUCCGAGCCCGUGCUCUCCAGAUCUGGUACAAUCUGGCUUCUGCCAAGGGCCUCCCUGUGAAGCGACAGGUCCAACUUGCGCGUCUUCUUGUAGGACCCGAAGGCGCGAUCAAUGACAUUUCCAGUUUUGCUCGCAAGUAUGCUCUUCGUCUGCUUACUGCAAUGCUGGUCCAAAGUCCGGCUGCGAAGUUGAGUGGCUCCGACCUGGUGAGUGUGUUAACCAAAGAGGAGGAACGCUUGAAAAUUCUCGAAGACAGUUUUGCUGCAAUUUGUGGCGCAGAGUUCCAGGCUGCACUUCCGGGCGACGACAUGGAGACAGAUGAGAAUGGCGAACAGCGGACCGAUAAAAAUGCCAAUCGGAAAAAGACGAAGAAGAAGAAGAAAAAGAAGGAGAAAAAGAAGCUGAAUUUCUCCAGCUCCGAGGAGGAAGAGGAGGAGAGUGAAGAUGCGACCGAAGAAGAUGUGGAGGAUGGUAGCACAAAGGCGGAGGAAGGGGAGACCAGAAACCACCGCAGA